AUGGCGUCCCUCACGAUGAAAGACUUGGACGCGAAGCUUCGGGCGCUGCAGGCCAAGACGCGAGUGGAGGAGAGCGACUGGCUCGAGCAGUCCAGCAAGCUGUUCGAGCUCGAGGACAAGUUCCUCCGGGACACGUUGUCGGAGGGCAACAUCCUCACGGGGUGGGGCGAGCCGCGCACGGCGCCCAUCCGAUUCCGGAACGCCGGCGUGCGCAAGCGGAAGCGCGAGCGACUGGAAGCAGCGGCCGAGCGCUCGGGCAAACCCGUUGAAGCAGUGGCGUCCACGUUGUCCCCAGAGGAGCAGCUGAAGAUCGACCGCCAUCGCCUCGCCUCCUACUCGUCCAUCCAGUCGCCUGCAGAGCCGCUGUACGCGACGUUGGAAGAGCGCGCGCGGAAGCUGCUGCAGGUCAAGAGCAGCAAAAAGAUCAAGAAACCGGCGGCAAAGUAG